CCUUCCCCUUCUCCCGUCCUCUCGCCGACCUGUGCUCUCUCCCUCUCCCUCUGAUCUUCUUGAGAAUGCCCUUGUUCGGUGGACAUCAUAGGUCCAGCUCUUCAACUGCUUCUUCUUCAGCGCAACAGAAUGUCCCAAGCGCAACAGCAAGUCUACUCCAAGCUGCGCAAGUUCUAGGCUCCGUGGCAACGCCAUCUGCCAGUACUCGAACCACUGCGGCGGCUACAGCCACAGCUCCUGCAGCUCCACCACCAGCCAGUCCCUAUCGCUCCUCCCCCACAGCCUCCUCCCACACCUUCAAUGUGGCACCAGCCCAACCCGCCGCCCAAACUCCCAAUCACACCCCCCCGAACGCCAUGAUGUCGAACCCUGCCGCUCCCAACAACGCGCAACAACACUUCGGGACACCGCGGCGACAGCAAGCCUACGCGCGACACCCCGACGAGCUGGACAUUGGCGACGCGGACACCGCCGCUGCUGCUGCCCAGAAGGGUCGCCUCUCACCACGCGACUACGGUCCCGCAGGAGCACCGCGUAUAAACCUCGAGCAGGCCACGCCCGAGACCACAAACUACCAGAGCAACCUCCCCGGCCCGCUCCAGAGCGGAGGAGCCAGCAGGCUGCCUACCCUCUCCUCGAACAGCACCCCCGCCGUGCCCGCGCUGCAGAGCACGAUGCCGGCCGAUCCUUUCGCGACGCCGCUGCGCUCGAACCAGAACCUCUCGCACAACUACUCGCGAUCCAGCCCGUCGAUGGGGUACGAUGGACAGCAGUACCAGCCGUACACGACUACGCCUGGCGGCGAGUCGGAGCUCUCGCAGUUCUCGACCCCGAGCUCGCUGAAGUACGCGCCGGGACAGCAGAGGAACGUGUCGAAUACGCCGCUUGGGCUUGCGGAUAUCAGACCGCGCGCGGACUCGACGCUGUCGGAUGCGGCGCUGCCGGGCGCCAAUCCGUAUUCUUAUGACGGCGCGAAUGCGGUGCCGACUAAUAGCAAUUACCUGGCGCCGUGGGCGAUUUACGCGUUUGAUUGGUGUAAAUGGCCGUCGCACAAUAAUGAUGCUGGGAAGGUUGCUGUAGGAAGUUACCUUGAGGAUGGGCAUAACUUUAUACAAAUCCUCGAAACGUCGAUCAAGCCUUCGUCGCCAGAGCCGUACUCGUCAUCCGCCCCCCAAUAUGGCCUCGAAUUCUCGAAAAUCGCAGAGGCGACUCAUUCAUACCCCGUCACACGCUUGCUCUGGGAGCCGCCAUCUUCCCAAAAGCAGUCGACGGAUCUCCUGGCGACAUCGGGCGACCACCUCCGACUAUGGUCUCUCCCAGCAGAUAUUUCCAUGUCAAGCCACUCCAACUCCAUCACCCGCUCUUCGAACCACGGACAGUCCCAGCCUCCCAGCAAGCUUACCCCACUAGCUCUGCUCUCCAACUCAAAGACGCCCGAGCACACAGCUCCACUUACAUCCCUGGACUGGAACACCGUCUCUCCAUCCCUCAUCAUCACCUCGAGCAUCGACACCACCUGUACCAUCUGGGACAUCCCCACCCUGACCGCCAAGACCCAGCUAAUCGCCCACGACAAAGAAGUCUUCGAUGUCCGCUUCUGCGCCAACAGCGUUGAGGUCUUCGUAAGCUGCGGCGCCGACGGCAGCGUCCGUAUGUUCGAUUUACGCAGUCUAGAACACAGUACCAUUAUCUACGAGCCAACCGCCAAGGAUGAUAAAGACCACAACACCCCAUCCGGCCGCAUCUCCCCCACCCUCGCCCAACAAACCAUGGCCUACGCCCCCCCCCUCCUCCGCCUCGCCGCCUCCCCACACGACACCCACCUCCUCGCCACCUUCUCCCAAGACUCCAAAAUCAUCCGCAUCCUCGACGUCCGCCAGCCCGGCCAAGCCCUCCUUGAACUCCACGGCCACUCCGCAGCGAUAAAUUGCAUCGAAUGGAGUCCCUCACGCCGCGGCACGCUCGCGAGUGGCGCGGAUGAUAGUCUAGUGCUCGUGUGGGAUCUGCUUAAUGCGAAUCCGACCCAGCAACAGCAGCAGGGGGUUAAUGGUGUUGCGCCUGGAGCUGGUGGGGGGGAUAAUUUGAGAAGCCCGACGGCGAGCUGGAGGUGUGAUUAUGAGGUUGGGAAUUUGAGUUGGGCGCCUAAUAGUGCGUUGGGGAAAGAUGGGAGUGAUACGCUUGGGGUUAGCGGGGGGAGGGGGAUUUGGGGGGUUAAGUUUUGA